UCUGACGCACGAGGGAGAUACAGAAAAUACAAGAAUGCCUAGAGGUAUUGAAAAUCUAACUCGCCUGGAAGUAUUAAGACCUUUUAUCGUCAAUAAAGAAGAAGACGUCUCCAAUAUCCAAGAAUUAGCAGAUUUAAAAUCCCUUCAGGAGUUGGGGAUUGUAAAUCUAGAGAAUGUGAGAGGUGGUAAAAUAGAGGCAGAGAAGGCAAACUUUAAAGGCAAGCAAAACAUUCGAAAUUUGAGUUUAGAAUGGAAGAAGAAUUUCCAAGAAGAAGAAGAAUGGACGACUAACAAUUCUUUUAUGGUGCUGGAAGGCCUCCAACCUCACCCUAAUUUGAAGGAAUUGUCCAUCGAGGGUUUUCCGGGUUUAAAGCUUCCGAAGUGGAUGGGAUCAUCUUCUUGUCUUCCUAAUUUGGUGAAAUUAAACUUCAAAGACUGUAAGAGUUGUACAAAAUUAGUGGGGAUGGGUCAACUCCCGUGUCUUCAGAUUCUUGGGAUUCAAAGAAUGAAUUCAGUCAAGUGUUUAGGUAAGGAAUUUUACUGCCAGCAAGAAGAAGAAGAAGAAAGCAAAGGUUCCGCGACACCUGAUACAACAACAAGAAUACUGUUCCCUUCGUUAACUAGGUUGCUCAUUAGUAACCUGGAAAAUUUAGAAGAAUGGUCUGCACCUCCGCAGCAUGAUAUUUCCUUUCCUUGCCUUGAGAAACUAGAGAUCGAAGAGUGCGGUAAGUUGACAUCUAUACCAUAUUUGAGAUUAUGGACUUCUUCUCUCACGAAAUUAAUCAUAAAGGAUUGCCAAAAGCUGGAAAGGGACCAUCCGUUGAAUACCCACAACCAACACCAAUAAUAAAAGGGUUGAAUUUGAGCUACUUGAAAGAAUGUAAAGAUAUGUGGUCUUGUAGUCAAUGCAAUUUCAUAUAUUAAAGACGUGCAAUGAGAGUGUCUAAAUUUCAGUUUUUGUAUUUGUUUUGACAAUUUGUUAUAAUAUUUUGUUGCAUCGACAAAUGAUUUUGGUGGUUGAGAUGACAGUCGCCAUUGUCGUGAUGCAAUA